GGGCCCGGUAUGCCCGGUGCCGAGGGCGAACCGAAAAGAGUCAGCAGCCGCGACGUCAAGCAGCCCUGUGCGGGUCAUGCUGGCAGCAUCUGCGUUUGUUAUGCGAAGACACCUCAAAGCACUCGGCGCCCUCCGAAACCACCAAGGAAGACAUUCUGGAGGCUUCCUUGAAGAGCAAAUUGUGAAAUCAGAAGCGCAAAGGUUACGAAGGGAAGCUGAUCAACUAGAGCAGGAACAGGAGCAGGCAAGGGCAGCUACUCGCAUGCUUGAUCUUGUCACACGUGACUUGGUCGAGCACAAACCAAGAAUCCUGCUUCAUCCGGUUCAGCCAUCUUCUGCACCCCAACUGGACGAGCAUCCUCAGCGUGAGGAAGCCCGACGUGAGUCAAGGCACCCUCGAAGCAGCUUGGCCUCGGCUACCCCGCUUACCGUUCGGAUGUUGGCGAUGUUGCCAUACUUUCUUCCAAUGCUGGACGCAUUGCGCUUCUUUGGAGCUGGCCUCGCAUCCGAGCACUUGCCAAGCUAUUACCUCGCAUGUACGUCCGUUCUCUCGGCAGUUCCGCAGGAUCUUCGAGAACUCCUUGAUGUGGCGCAGCCACUCCUGCUGUUCGCAAUGCCCACAAUGGCUGUGCGGCGGCAGUUGCCGGAGCUUCUCCGUUUCAACCUUAAUCAGGCCUUCCUGCUCGACCUGGCCACCUGCAUGGCUUUCCAUCUAUCUUCCUUCACUCGAUGGAUGACCUUGCAGAGUGAAACUGCGUUCUACGUGCCUGCAGCCGCGGAGCCUCCUCUGAUGCCGUUCAGCAAUGUUGUGCUUCUGCUGCUUUCAGCAUGCACGGUGUACAGCGUGUGCUGCACCCUCGGCGGGACAACUCCAGAGGGCAUCCCGCACCUGUCGGCUGAAGCCAGAAAAAGUUUGGGAACAAGUGCUGCUGCCAUGAAGCGCCGCAAGACCAAAUCAGGCCGUUAA